AUGUCCCGCCUCGACGUCGACGCGCGCCCACCCGGCGCCGUGGACGUGAUGCUCAAGAGAGCUGGACGAUUCACCGGACCAGAUUUCGACCCGAGCGAAGACAUCUCGAGCGUCUUACGCGCCGUGCGCGUCCUCGUCGUCGGCGCCGGCGGGCUCGGGUGCGAGCUGUUAAAAGGACUGGCGAUGAGCGGAUUCGGGAACGUGGACGUGAUCGACAUGGACACGAUCGACGUGUCGAAUUUGAAUCGACAAUUUUUGUUCCGAAGCGAGGACGUGGGGAAGAGCAAGGCGGAGACGGCGGCGAGGCGGACGCGAGAGCGCGUGCCGACGUGCGAGGUCACGGCGCAUCACGGACGAAUCGAGGACAAGGAGGACGGAUGGUACAGACAGUUUGACAUCAUCGCGCUGGGUCUUGAUUCGUUGGAGGCGAGGGCGUACAUCAACUCCGUGUGCUGCGGGUUCUUGGAGUACGACGAGGACGGGAACGUGGAUCCGACGACCAUCAAGCCGCUCGUCGAUGGCGGCACGGAGGGAUUCAAGGGGCACGCGCGCGUCAUUGUACCCGGCAUGACGCCGUGCUUUCACUGCACCAUGUGGCUUUUCCCACCGCAAACGACGUUUCCACUGUGCACGCUCGCGGAGACACCGAGAAGUGCGGCGCAUUGCAUAGAGUACGCGAAGUUGAUUCAGUGGCCGGCGGAGAGACACGGCGAAACGUUCGAUCCAGAUGUCGUCGAACACAUGACUUGGGUGUACAAAAAGGCGUUGAAGCGCGCAGAGACGUUCGGCAUCGAGGGAGUGACGUAUUCGCACACACAGGGCGUGACGAAAAACAUCAUACCGGCGAUUCCGAGUACGAACGCCAUCAUCGCCGCGGCGUGCGUCAUCGAAACGCUGAAAAUAGCCACGAUGUGCGCAAAAGGCAUGAACAAUUAUAUUAUGUACGUCGGUACGGACGGGGUAUAUUCGCACACGGUGGAGUACGAGCGCGACCCCAUGUGUGUCAUGUGCUCGCCCGGUAUCGCGCACAGUGUGAGCGCGUACGCGACACUCAGAGAUUUCAUGUCGUCCAUUGUCGCAGCGCAUCCUGAUUCGCUCUCGGAGCCGAGUGUGAGUUACAGAGGUAAGAAUCUAUAUCUGCGUGGUGUUCUAGAGGAUCAGUUCGUGGAUAAUUUGACAGCUCGCAUGGUCGAUCUCAUGGGCGGCCGAACAGAGGGCUUGGUCGUAGUGAACGACAAAAAAAUGAAAAAGACGUCGAUGCGCGUGCGAGUGAGCCUUUCGGGAUAG